GUUGUUAGGAUGUUCCUUGGUUGGCUGGCAGCCACUUUACAUUACUCGUAACGCCAUGAUCAACGUGAUUGUGCAGGUUGGGGCAGUGUCCCUGGGCGUCACAGAAGGAGCCAUGGACAGUCUACCCAUUAUGAAUGUUCACACUAUUAAUUUUGAGAGUCCGUUGCCAGACGUAGUGAUGAAUAGCUUACCUACACCUGUCACCACCAGCCAGAUGUUGUCUGCCGGAGUGUGGGAGAGCCACACCUUCGCCCACACGAACAUGGCUCACGCCCACACCAGCCAGGAUAACACUCUCACUAAUACUCAAUUGAGUUGGGAUCAGAAGGAUCAAUGGAGGGAGGAUCAAUCCUCCAAACAGCAUUACAUCUCCGCUGACGUCCAGACGUCCUCUGUGCACCGCUCCUACACCACUUCUUCACGCACCUGUCUAACAGCUCUCCCGUCCCCUACACCCGACCUGCCCUGCUCACCUAGUACUCUCACUAGUCCCUAUACCAACCUGGAACUCAUCAGGGACGUUCGUCAGCGAAUCUGGGUAAUCCUCACAAGUCUACCCGUGCCCUUCCUGUCAGCAGGGAUCAACUUGGCUGACCUCAUACCCUGGCAACAGUCGUGUCCACGAAACAAUAGACACACAGAGGUAGGAGGGCGCAGUGAAGAAGAACCUGGUGAAGUAGAGACAAGAAAAACGAGUGAAAGAUGGAGUAAGAUAGGUGGAGAGUUAAGGAUGGUGGCUGACCAGUUCCAGCACCGACAGUCAAGGGUUGGUAACAGCAACGCUGGAAGACUCUCGGUCUCCCCUACACUAGCGGCGUCUUGGGGAAUCUCUCUUUCUCUUGUCUGUCUCCUCUCCUGGAAAUAUAUUUCUAAAUACCAGUGAUGAAGUGUUAUCACGUUUCUUGUAAACAUAAUAAUAGGCCAAGUGACAAGGUCUGUGAUUAUGUUAAGCAAAUCCCUGAGGACAAAGCAAAGAGUUACGUGGUAACUCUUGUUCAUUUAAUUAAUACAAACAGUGUACUCUGAACAAAAUUCCGUUGAUGGAACACAAGAAACGUAAUAUUUAUUAGAGAAAGUUUUUCGAGGAACCGAGUAAGUUUGGAAGUUGUAUAAAAUGUUGUGGUUCACUGGCACCGCAGCCGGCUCACAGACUAAGGACUGGAGUUCAGUCCAGGGCGAGGUGGGUCGUAUGGAAGUGUCCUGACAUCUGGCCCAAGAAGAAGAAAUCCUCAGAACACAAUUCUCCAAACAAGGAUACCCUGAGUGGUUUAUAAAACAAAGAGAUUAAAAAGCAAAUAUCAACUAUUAUAAAGCUUUAGUUCACAAAAACUCAACUCCAUCCAGCAAAUCCCACCAAAGUACAUUCCAAGGUACAUUCAAUCAUCUCAGCGAAGUGACCAACAUAAUCACGUUCUAUCCCAACAAACUAGAGAAUCUCUUUUCCAAGAAAUGCAAACAUUCAGCAAUGCUGCCUCUUCAAGGGAAGGGGGGGGAACCUUGCAGUGGUGAAGAGGCUCUUGGUCUGAGGAAUUGGACCCUCAAUCCUCCCAUUCCCUGUCCCAUCCUCCCCAUCUCUCCUUUCCCAUUCCUCCUCCUUUCCCCAUCCCUCCCUUGUCCAUUUCCUGUUUUCAGCCUCUGGGUUCUUCCCUCAGACA